GAAAAAGAAACAAAAGAGCAUCGCCAUCAGCGAUCUUUCGCUGCGUAAGUUUACAUCGCAGGUCGAGCCGCUUUUUGCCGAAUUCGCGCCCCAAAAGCAGCCGAAAUGUUAUAGACGACGACGACUUCCCAUCAUGGAGUCCAACGACAAGAUUCAGUUCAUCGACUUGGACGGAGUCGAUGAGACUGAGUGCUCGCGCGUCCAGAACAUCCUGUUCGGCGAGUGCAAGUCCAUCAGCGUGCCGAGCAGGAAGCAGCAGCCGCAGCAGGUCCAACAUGUGCCGCCGCCGCAGCAGCAGCAGCCGCCCCUGCAGCCGCCUCCGCCGCAGCAGAUGGCUGCAGUGCCGCCUCCGAUGGUCACCCAGGCCCAGUGGGACCCCCACAGGAGCCUAGGUGAGGGACAUUUCAAUCUCAACCUUGACCAAUUACAAAUGGCACCAGCCGAGCAAGUUCCACAGAAGCCGAUUCUGUACCCGGUGGUGAUGUCGCAGGCCUCGAUGGUGAACCCGUCGCCCUACUCGAUGAUCAUUCCGAACCACCAGAACAUGAUGAUCAACACGUACAUGGUUCCGCAGGGCGCUGCGUACAAGAAGGACGACGCCUACGGAGGCUACCAGCAGCCCCCACCGCAGAUGCAGCCGCACCCCAACUCGGCCCUGUGGCCGAGCUACUCGCCCUCCUACCCCAGCCAGCCAAUUUACUACCAGCAAAUGUACAUGCCGCCCCCGCAAAUGCAGCAAGAGAUGCAGCCGCCCGCCGACAUGUACCUGACACACCAGCAGGAGCCGCUCAACCUGGCCGCCAAGGAGCCCAUCAUCGUCAACACGGAGGCGUCCAUCCUGCAGCCGACGGCGCCCGCCUUCCUGCCCAGCUACCAUCCGCCCCCGCCGACGGUCAAACCGCCGGCGUUCAACAACAACAACCUGCAGCUCAGACCGACGGCGCCGGCGUUCAAGCCGCCAAAGCAGGAGGAAAAGAAGGAGGCACCGCCCAAAGCAGUUACUCCGGAGGAGCCAAAACCAGUGAAAAUGGAAGAACCCCCUGUCGAAGUAGCACCUGAACCCCAGCCCGAGCCAGUUGUUAUUGAUGAACCUCCACCGGUGGAAGAAGAAAAGGAGCCCGAGCCUGUUGUUGUUGCGGAGCCAAAAACUCCCGAACCGACUCCAGCGCCGCCUGCACCGGCCACAAUGUCUUGGGCAAGAAUAGUCCAAGCCAAAAACCCGCCGACCGAUCCCGUUGCUGCCGACGCUGCCAAAACUCUGCCCCGACAACAGCCUGAGCAAGUUUCAAGCAGCGCAGUCGUCGAAGAGGAGAAUUUCAGCCUCGCAGCCAACAACAAUAACAACAACAGCAUCAACAAAUUCAGCAAUCACUUGUCCGCUAAUGCCGAUGACAUGUCCGACGAUCCUUUCCUCUACAGACUAGGAGAAUAUUUGUCCGCCUACGUGUUAGACCACCGCUCUUCGCCCCUCCAACCGAGAGGACUGACAAACCGUAGCAACUGGUGCUACGUCAACGCAACCCUGCAGGCAUUGGUCGCGUGUCCGCCCUUCUACAACCUGAUGCGAAACCUGCCUUGCAAGCAGAGGAACAAUUCUAAAUAUGAGUACAAGUCCAAAACUCCCAUUAUUGACGCUGUAAUGGAGUUCAUGCAAGAGUUCAACAGCCUCCCUGCCGGCGCCAAACCCGCCCGCAGGGACAAGGUGGCGGCCCGUAAAGGUGACGACGUCGUCGAAGUGCCUCAGGGUCCUCCUUUUGAGCCCUCUUGCGUGUACGCCAUGCUUGGCUCAAUUCGCUCCGCCGCCUUCAAGGUGGAGGGUCGGCAGGAGGAUGCCGAAGAGUUCCUCAGCUGCCUGCUGAACGGCCUAAACGACGAGAUGCUCGACCUGAUGAAACUGGUCGAGGGUCCCAACGCAAAAGAGACUUUGGUCAACGGCCAGGCCCACUCCCCUUCCCCCACCGCCAACGGCAACAGUGACCACGGCCUCUCUGAGGACGAGGACGCAUGGACUGUAAUGAAGUCCAGAAAUCGCGCCUGCGUGACUAGGCGCGCCGACUUUGGCCGAACCCCCGUCUCGGACAUCUUCAGAGGCCAGCUUUGCUCGCACGUCCAACGCAAAGGGGACCAGCAAACUGAAAAUGUGCAGCCAUUUUACACCCUCCAGCUUGAUAUUGAGAGAGCGAGCAGUGUGAAGGAAGCCCUUGAGCAAAUGGUGGACAAGGACAGGUUGGAGGGAGUGACUUGUUCGCGCACUCACCAACAGGUCGAGGCAUGGCAGCAGGUCACCCUGGAGGAACUUCCGCCUGUGCUGCUUCUGCAUCUAAAGUGGUUCGAUUACAAACUCGAUGGCUGCUCCAAAAUCAUGAAGACGGUGGAUUACACUGUCGACUUGAAAAUUGAGAAUAAAAUCCUUUCACACAAGAAGAAUAACUACAAUCCCAAGCAGAAAAUCUACAAACUCUUCGCAGUGGUGUAUCACGACGGAAAGGAGGCCUCCAAGGGCCACUACAUCACCGACGCCUACAACUCGAACCUGGGCAUUUGGGUCCGUUACGAUGACAACCAGGUGCGAGUUGUGCCCGAGGCAUUGGUGCUGCACCCGAAAUCACCGUCUGUGCCAUACAUCCUGUACUACCGGCGCAGCGACACGAUGGGCCAGCCCUCGGCCAAGUCGACGGAGCAACCGAGCAGCGCAAAGUAGAAAGAGUGGUUGAGCAGACUAUUUUUCUCUCUAUUCGGUCGGGCAAGACAGUUCCCCUGUAGCAAGAGUGGUUUUUUACAUUAAAUUGCAGAAUCAAACUGUAAGAAGUGAUCGGUUGAUUUUACGCUGCUGUUGAAUAUUUGGGAGGAGAAUUUCAUUGCUAUUCUUAUGGUGGACUGUUUUUUACAUGGAAAAUCUACGGACGGGCCACUUGUGGACGGCGGAGGCUUGUAAAUAGUGAGGGGCGCUUUGUUGAAUUUUUUUCUUGUAAAGUUCUCCGGCGUCGGCAAGUGGCCCGUUCUAAUUAACUGAGUAGUGCUACUGUAGAUGGUACCGAAAGGUCCAUCGUUGAUUUGAGUGCCUGUUAAAUGUUGAACGGAUAAAAUAUAUAUAUGCAAUCCCACUUCCACUUAUCUUCUUAUCCAAUUUUUUUAAGAAAAUAUUCUGGGGGUUGAAUUUUACAAACCCCGGCUAGCAUGAACGGCAUGGUGUUGUUUUCCCGAGCCCAUUUGUGCGAGUAUUAAUUUAUUUUGGACAGUUCGAGGGCAAAAAUGAUGAUUGAAAGCAUUUAGCAAAAACACAACGGGCAAGAAGUAUAAGUCGCAAUUGUUAAUAAUUAUUAAUAUGUAAAAUCGAUAGGUUGUCCUUGCAAACCGCACGAUCGAGGCAAACGGCCGGAAACGACCAGAGAUACAAAACAAAAAGAUGAAAAAGUUAACAACAAAUCAAACUGAUCUCUCUCUAAUAAACUCUGGCGUUUGCCUCGGAUCGGGCGGCACUAAAAAUCGCGCUCUCCGGAAGUUGCUUUAAAAGUCUUGUUGUGCCUGAUAAUUUGCCCUAGUUUUAAGAAUAAUCGCCCCGAUUGAACGAUUGUAAUUUUUAUCCCUGACCUGAGUUUUGUAAACACACGACCGCCUUAUGUGUAGAGAUUUUGAACUGAGAUGCUUCUCAAGAAAUUAAUUAUCACGAUUUGGAACAAAAAAUCGCUGCUUUUAAUGAUAAUGCAGUGCAUUCGCGUCUCCAUUCAUCGUCUCUGCUUGUGUCUAGCUGGCUAAUCCCGAGCUCAAAUAAAAUAAAAAGAUAAAUCGUGGGGUCCCGAAUGGUAUGUUUUUUAAACGAAAGGGACCAUUCCGAAGUUGAGAAAUUAAUUGAUGUCGGUGUUUAUAAGUAAGUUUUAGUUUUGUUAAAUGUCCUGUCCUUAAAUAAUAUUUUCACACGCGACUUAAAUAUUAAAAUAAAUUGAGUCUUUUUUGUCCUUAAAUGGAAUAAAAGGACCUCCGCUCUCGAAGUCGCUUAUUGUAUUCAAAGUCACAUUAAUUUUCCUAAUUUGGAGCGACUUGGCUGAUUGUCGGGCAGCAAUUUUACACAACCUGUAAAUAUUUAUGAUUACGUAUAUGAUUGAAUUUUUUUGUGAAUACACGGUGUAUCCAAUGAUAACUUUGUUUUACUGCUGGUUUGUACAUAGAUUUUUACGCAGCUGCCAUUGUUUUUCUUGCAAUGAUUUUGGCACUGAUAAAAAGUAUGCAUGUUGUAUUAAUUAGCGACUCUCAUAUCCGGUUAGCUGCUGUUAUUUUUCUAUAAAAUGCAACAGGAAUGGAACCCAUGUCGUUUCGCGGGAUGGAAAUUGUCGUGUUCUUUUAAUUAACUAUUAUAUAAAUAAUUAUGUACAUCAAAUUGCUGCUUUUUUGUGGGGAUGCGCGAGUGAGAGAAAGUGGUGGUGUCUUGUUAACUACUAACCAUGAAAAGUACGAAAAAAAAUUAUACGAGCGUGGCCGAUCCGCGCUUCUCUCGGUCUGUGAAUAUACAAAUUUCCAUCCCUCGUUUGUAAUUUUUAUCCUCCAUUAUAUAGUCAAACUGCGAGAAAAAAAAUAUCACGUUUUUAUUUUAACUGAAUAGUUGUGGAAGCUGAUUAGGUGGUAAUAAAAUUGAGUAUCAAAGUAGCCGCGGAGUGUAAAAGUGUAACCGCGGCAUGCGCAUUCGUUUGGAGGAAAAAGAUGGAAAAUAUAAAAAGCAAAGUGUUGAAAAAAAGAGUAUUUUUCAAUAAAUUCUAUGAUGAAGCACAGUCGAAAAU